CUUACAGCUUCAGGGUAUUACUUAGAAUUAAACAUAUGACGGAAAAAUAUACACAAAUUUAUAAUCAUAUAUUUAUGAAGAGCUUCUCUAAUCUCAAGAUAAAAACGACGUCUUUAACCGAUGUAGCUUAUAUCCGAUAUUUGUUCGCCUUUAAAAUGUGGAAAAAAAUGGAAAAACUUUCUGAUAAAAAAGAAGAAAUUGACAAAUUAGCUCUAAUGCUGCUAGGACCGCGUAUGCCAAAAUUGCGAGAUGAAUUAUUAAAAUUUGUGCCUAGACCACCGAAGAUUCAGAAGAAUGAAACACUAUGGUUAUUAAGAUCAAAUUUAUUUGAAAUGCAUAAACAUUUCCUACUAUUUGAAGAUGAAAUGGAUAAACAUUUUCUACUACUUGAAGAUAAAAUGGAUAAAUAUUCCCUACUACUUGAAGACAAAAUUGAUAAUUGUGCAGAUUUACAAUGUACCAAAGUGGUUUCUGUUGAUCAGAACUGUUUAAAAUCUCAGAAACAGAUGAGUUUGUUACAUCGGAGCAAUUCUAACAGGAGCAUUCUUACAUCUAAUCGAGAAGUAAAUAAAGACUAUUUAAAUGGUUUGCAGAACGAUAAUAUGCCACUAGGUAUUAACCGAAAUAAAUCUUUAAAACAAACUCAUUUACAAAAAAAGAAAAGGAGUGGCCUUAAAUCAUUGAAAGAGAUAAGAGAAAAAUCAGGGGAACCUCAGGUUAUUGAUUUAACUGGAGACGAUGAAAGCGUUCCUUGCAAAAUAAAAAAAAGUUCUAAUAGAGACAGCAAAAGCACAGUCGAAAAAGUUUGUCUGGAGCAUAAACCUAUUCCUAACAACAAAAUGAGUAAUAGUACAGAAAGUUAUACUUCAAUUAGCAACAGGCCUUCAUUAAAUAAUAUCUACCAUGAAAAUCAUCAAAAAAGUGGACAUUUAAAUGUAAUAAAGAAUCAAGGGAAUAAUAUGUAUCCAGAAUUUGUGAAAGAGAAUGAGACACAAUUUGAUUAUAAUUCGCAUUACAUAAAGUCGUCAAUGUUUGUUGAUCAGGAUAUUAAAGAGUUCAACGUUACAACAAAUGUGUUGAAAGAAAGUAAACCAGAAAAUCAUCAUGCUAUAUCAUCACAUAUGACAUAUAUGACAGGAAAUGCAACAGACUUAUACAACAAUAUAAUGACGCAAAAUAAGGAGACAUUAACUUCUCAGGAAGAAAGUGUCAUACCUUUAUUGAAGGACAUAAUACCUUUAUUGAAGCUGUGCCAAAAUGAUAUUGUGGAUCAGCAUUCUUUCAAGCAGGAAAUACCAAUAAGCACGAAUUGUAAUACAACACAAAAAUCAUACAACAUAUGUUGGGAAACGAUGCCACGUGAUAUUAAAUAUCUUAGAAUACAAAAAUUGAAAUCUAUAAACAAUCAUAAUUCACAAGUUACAGAUUAUUUUAUUACAUGUCAUCAAGGUAACAAAUAUGAAGAUUGUUGUACGAAAAGUGAUUGUAAACCAUUUGUGUUUCCUAACAAUAAUGAUAGUACCGCACAAGAACAUAAUACAUUUACUGAUAAUAAGAAUGAUGUCAAACUAUCUUGCAACACAAAAAUAAUUUACAUCAUUUUACCCAAAUAUAAUUUACAUCAAUUACACAAAUAUAAUUUGCUAACAAAUAUAAGCGAUUGUAACGCACACUACGUUGCGCAUCAUAUUGAUGAUAUCGUUAUCAUGACGUGUUGUGACAUGCACGCUGAAAAAAUAAUGCAAUGUCUAUAUAAUUCUAAUGACAUGUAUACUACAUUCACCAAAGAUCAAAUUGUAGGGUCGUCACUAAAUGAUCAGAAUGUCAAUCUUGAUAAUAAAAGAAAAUAUGAUUAUGGACAUGGUUCCAAACAUUCCGAAACUACGAUAACUACAAUAAAAACACAACAAGAAAGAAGCGAUUGCGAUACUUCGAUGUCAAAUGAUCGAUUACAUCUUUCUGAACGUUUUCUUUCUAAUAUAGAUUUUAUAGAUAUGGAUUCAAAAGAAGCUAAUGAAAUAAUGAAGAAUUGUAUAAACGAUUCUGAAAAUAUCAGUUUCCUGCACAACCCAAUUGAAAUUUUGGAAAGUCUGGAAAACAUUGUGUCGAAAGAAACCACCGACUUUCUCCUAUCUUCGAAACAGUCUCCAUUUGAAUUAGAUAAUGUACAUACAAAUACAUUUUUAAGGGAAAAGGACAUUUUAUGCAAUAAUCAAAACAAUGCUAUUAAUAGUAAUGUAAAUCCGAUAGCCUUCCAUUUGAAUAAUAUAACAACCGAUAACACCUUUCUGUGAUUAUCAGUCAAAUCUGAUAAGUUUAAUAUGUUUCAAGGAGCCAUGGAAUUUCGCCGUAAUCAAGCGUUUUUAUGUUUGCGAGAGAGAUAUUGAAGGCUUUUUCAUAUCCCGAGGAGAGAAUAGGCUAAACCAAUCUUUGAAUGAAUUUUGCGCUUCCAAGAAUAUGUCUCAUCAAAUUUACUUACAAAUUAUUUAACGUCACAAAGCAAAAAGAUUCUGCCUCAACAUUAUACAUAAAAUAUAUAUUUUCAUCCUCGGAUAGUCCUGAUGGCCUUUCAAUUAAGUUCUAAUAAGAUGGUUAAUUCAAAAUUCAAGAUCAUAUAGUCUGUAAAGACCAAACUAAAGAGCAAGCUGUCGCACACAGAUGUAAUAAGUUAUUAUUUAUUAAAGAAGCACACAUCCA